AUGGCUCCCACAACACUUACAUCGCAAGCCCCUCUUCCCAAGCGCCGCCGCAUCGGCGUGUUGACCUCCGGAGGAGAUGCCCCCGGUAUGAACGGCGCUGUGCGUGCCGUCGUCCGUAUGGCCAUCCACUCCGACUGCGAAGCCUACGCCGUGUACGAAGGAUACGAAGGUCUGGUCAAUGGCGGGGACAUGAUCAAACAAUUACACUGGGAAGAUGUUCGAGGAUGGCUUUCUCAGGGUGGUACUCUGAUCGGUUCCGCUCGUUGCUUGUCUUUCCGCGAGAGGCCUGGCCGACUCCGAGCUGCUAAGAACAUGAUCAUGCGUGGAAUUGAUGCAUUGGUUGUUUGCGGUGGUGACGGUAGUUUGACCGGUGCCGAUGUCUUCCGCUCCGAAUGGCCUGGCCUCCUGGAGGAAUUGGUGAAGACGGGAGAGUUGACCCCAGAGCAGGUCGAGCCUUACACAGUAUUGAACAUUGUCGGUCUCGUGGGAUCAAUUGAUAACGACAUGUCCGGGACAGAUGCUACCAUUGGCUGCUAUUCGUCGUUAACUCGUAUCUGUAAUGCUGUUGAUGAUGUCUUCGACACAGCAUUUUCUCAUCAGCGAGGCUUUGUUAUUGAAGUCAUGGGCCGGCACUGUGGUUGGCUUGCUCUGAUGGCGGCCAUUGCCACGGGCGCAGACUGGCUGUUCAUUCCCGAGAUGCCUCCCAAAGAUGGCUGGGAGGAUGACAUGUGCGAUAACAUUACCAAGAAUCGUGGCGAACGUGGCAAGCGCAGAACAAUCGUCAUCAUCGCCGAAGGAGCGCACGAUGAACAGCUCAACAAGAUUACAAGUGACAAGGUCAAAGAUAUCCUCACUGAUCGCCUCGGGCUGGACACCCGAACAACAAUUCUUGGACACACACAACGAGGAGGAUCUGCCUGCGCCUACGAUCGUUGGUUGUCGACCUUGCAGGGAGUGGAGGCCGUCCGAGCUGUUUUGGACAUGACACCGGAAUCUCCUUCUCCAGUCAUCACAAUUCGCGAGAACAAGAUCAUGCGCACGCCAUUGAUGGAUGCGGUCAAGGAGACGCAGGAUGUCGCGGCACAUAUCAAGAAGAGAGACUUCAUAGGCGCGAUGGAAUUGCGCGACCCCGAAUUCAAAGAAUACCACUAUGCCUACAAGAACACGGCCACACCGGACCACCCGAAACUCGCCCUUCCCGAAGGAAAGAGAAUGCGAAUUGCCAUUGUCCAUGUUGGCGCUCCUGCAGGAGGAAUGAACCAGGCUUCGCGGGCUGCCGUGGCAUACUGUCUAACGCGCGGGCACACACCAAUCGCCAUUCACAACGGAUUCCCCGGCCUGAUCCGGCAUCACGCAGAUAAGCCUGUAGGCUCAGUGCGCGAGGUCAAAUGGGUUGAGACAGACGCCUGGGUAAACGAGGGUGGUUCAGACAUUGGCACAAACCGUGGCCUUCCCUCAGAAGACUACGAGACUACCGCCCAAUGCUUCGAAGCAAACAAGUUCGACGCGCUAUUUGUCGUCGGUGGAUUCGAAGCCUUCACAGCCGUCUCCCAGCUCCGCCAGGCGCGUGAGAAGUACGAAGCCUUCAAGAUCCCCAUGGUCGUUUUGCCGGCCACAAUAUCAAACAACGUCCCAGGCACAGAAUACUCGCUCGGAAGCGACACCUGCCUGAAUGCUUUGAUCGACUUUUGCGACUGCAUCCGGCAAUCCGCUUCCUCGUCGCGCCGUCGUGUCUUCGUCAUCGAAACGCAGGGUGGUAAAUCAGGGUAUAUCGCCACAACAGCCGGUCUGGCGGUUGGCGCCGUCGCGGUCUAUAUCCCCGAAGAAGGGAUCGAUAUUAAGAUGCUCGCCCGCGACAUAGACUUCCUCCGCGACAACUUCGCCCGUGACAAGGGCGCCAACCGUGCUGGAAAGAUCAUCAUGCGCAACGAGUCCGCUUCUUCCACAUAUACCACACAGUUCAUCGCAGACAUGAUCAAGGAAGAAGCCAAGGGACGGUUCGAAUCUCGCGCCGCUGUCCCCGGACACUUCCAACAGGGCGGCAAGCCUUCGCCUAUGGACCGCAUCCGCGCCCUGCGCAUGGCCAUCAAAUGUCUGAUGCACCUAGAAACCUACGCCGGAAAGACCAAGGACGAAAUCGCCUCAGACGAGAUGUCCGCCACCGUCAUCGGAAUCAAGGGCUCCCAGGUCCUGUUCUCGGUUAUGGGUGGUGAAGCCGGUCUCGAGAAGAAUGAGACGGAUUGGGCCCGUCGCCGGCCCAAGGCUGAGUUCUGGCUCCAGUUGCAGGAUACGGUUAAUAUCCUAUCUGGCCGCGCGAGUGCAAAGGAUACUUGGUCGUGUUAUGAAGAUGAUGACAAGGUUUAUGCGCGGUCGCAUGCUCCAUCCCCUUCAUAUGUCUGA